CCCCCGUUUCGCCAGCGCUGCUGCUCUGCUCGCGCCCCGAACUUGGAACACUCGGCCCUCGGUCGGACAGGCAGCGGAGCCCGGAGGAGGGGAAGGAUCGGAGGCAUGGGGUGCGACGACAAGUGCGGGUGCGCGGUGCCGUGCCCCGGCGGCAAGGACUGCCGGUGCGCGUCGGCGAGCGCUGGCGGGCAGCGGGAGCAGCACACGACGUGCACCUGCGGGGAGCACUGCGAGUGCAGCCCCUGCACGUGCGGGCGGGCGACGCUGCCGUCCGGCCGGGAGAACAGGAGGGCCAACUGCUCCUGCGGGCCCGCCUGCAACUGCCCCUCCUGCAGCGCCACGGCCUGAUCCACGCGCAGGCCGAAUCCCGGCCGGCCGGCCAGCCAGUCCGGUAGACGUAGUCCGUCUGGCUCGACUCUAGAGCUGGAAGCUCGCAUGUACCCCGUAGUUUGCAGCUCGUAGUAGUAGGUAGUACUAAAGAAGGGUAAUAAAGGGCUUAUGGAAAUCCA